AUGGCGGGUUCGCUGGAAAUGGCGAAGACUCUCCUAGUCCCCGCCCUAAUCUCCCUCGCCGCCUACUUCCUCCUCUUUUUUCUAUUAAUCCCCUUCAUCCGACGCUACCGACAACGAUACGCCCAAUACCUCCCCCUCCACACCGUCUCCGCUCACGCAUCCAGCCUCCGCGAACGGGCCUCCGAUGCACUGAUGCACUUCCUCCUCCCUUCUUCGUGGCGACAGCGACAAAUAUUCGGCGCACAUAACGACGGGGGCAGCGUCUUUGAUGACGAGGAGGGGGAGGAUAUGGUUGGGUUCGAGAUAGAUUCCUCGAGACGGGAGGCGCUGGAACACGGGCGGAGAAGUGGUGGUGACAACAACCAUAACGACCACAGCAGCAUAGAUACGGAGCGGCGACUGAGUCGGGAUCUUGAGGAAGGGUUUAUGGAUGAUAGUGAUGAUGAGGAUGGGGAUGAUAUGCGGGCUCGAGUUGGUGGUGGUGGUGGUGGUAGUUGA